AUAGACAAUCUCGUGAGAAACGGACGUGCUCGGGAGUGCUCCAUCGCCCGAUCGAUUAUGCAAGAGUACCAAUGGAAUAUUAAGUGUGCGCAGUGAAGAGUUUGACAAAAGUGUUCAAUAGAGGAAAAUGCUCAGAGUGAUUCCGGUGGCGAAGUGGGAUUACCGCGGGUGUCAGUGGAUAGAAUCAUGUUGGAUGAUGUAAAUGUGCUGUGCCAUUAGCAUGGUGGCUUCUGAUCACUGAUCCCGCCACGGAGGACAAAAUAAUGGACAUUUGUGGGUAGUGAAAGAUGAGUUCAUUCCUGAUGGGUUACCCACAUCACAUUCAGAGCCCCAUGGGCACCACUAUCGAGCCAAAGUUCCCACCAAACGAGGAGUACCAUCACCACCAUCACAAUGGCUACGCGUCCAUGGGGACGCCGGCCGUCCAGAACACCGGCGAUUAUCUGCACCACCAGAGCAAUUCGCUGCACCAGAACAGCAAUUUCAACUACGCCCAGGGCAUCGGGGGCCACUUCUAUCACCACCACCACGGCUACGGGGCCGCCGCGGCCCAGAUGCCCACCGCACAGAGCAAUUCCUACUCGCCGGCGGCCCCCGUGACCACCGGC